AUGUGUUUCUUGUGUGGAUCCAGUUUUGCGGUGUGUGCAGUGUGCGAGUUGUGCCUGCUGCGGGAGGUCGCAUCAUUACCGCGCACGCAACGGCGACGCCCGGACGAUGUGUGUGUCUUUUGGCUGCACCUCUUUGUAUUUCCCUUUUGCCUUUCUAUUCUUCGCUCUGUGCGCAGAUCUGCUCACCGACUACAGCCACACUACUACUACUACUACUGCUGCUCGCACGUGUACGCGGAAAACGAUGAUGAUGGUUGUAUGGCGCGUGUGGAAGCAAAGAUUCCCGUGCGCACCGGCGCCCAGUCGGCGAGAGCAGCCGGACUGCGUGUCGUACUGGUAAGAAGCCGGAUGGUCAAUAUGUAA